GGCCUAUAGGCUAUAUAAGUAUAUAUCAAUCACCUUCUUCUCAUCUCAAAACCCAGAGUGGCAAAGAAAGAAAGCCUAAAUCAAUGGCCUCAUACAACAAAUAUGAGAUCAGAAAGAGAAAUCCAGACCCCAAAACCUCAGCCCUAUUGGUCAUCGACAUGCAGAACUACUUCUCCUCCAUGGCUCAACCAAUCCUCCCCAAUGUCCUCUCCACCAUCCACCUCUGCCGACGCGCCUCCAUCCCCGUUAUAUUCACGCGCCACUCCCACAAGUCCCCCGACGACUACGGCAUGCUUGGGGAGUGGUGGAAUGGCGACCUCGUCAUAGACGGGACCGUCGAGGCCGAGCUCAUGUCCGAGCUCGACCGGAGGCCCGAUGACGUGGUCGUGGAGAAGACCGUGUACAGCGCGUUCGCGAACACGGGCCUGGAGAAGCUCUUGCGGGAGAGGGGCCUGGAGGAGGUGAUCGUGACGGGGGUCAUGACGAACUUGUGCUGCGAAACGACGGCGCGUGAGGCGUUCGUGAGGGGGUUUAGGGUUUUCUUCUCCGCCGACGCGACUGCGACGUCGGAUGAGGAGCUGCACGAAGCCACGUUGAAGAACUUGGCCUAUGGGUUCGCUUACUUGGUUGACUGCAAGAGGAUUCAGGAGGGGCUUUUUGGGAAUCAAUGAAAAACUAGUUGUGCGCGUGUCGUUUAUUUUCCCAGCAUUACAUUUUCCUGUAAAACGGCCUGUAGCAUGGUUUUCUACAAUCUCGGAAUUCCUGCCAAAUAUUGCAUAAAUGUUUCUGAUGAUUAAUCCUUCUUAGUUCUUGUUCAUCUAUUUUUAUAUCCUUGCGAAAGAAAUAACAGGCGGGGAAAGGCCAUUCAAUUA